UGUUACAGUUUCUUUCUGGGGGCGCCAGAGAAUGGUUGGAGAGUCUUCUCCUCCCUUCGUCCCCCCGCUGACUUUCCCUCCUCCUAUAGGUCCAGAGUCUCUCUCUCUCUCUCUCUCUCUCUCUCUCUCCACUCCCGAUUCCCAAAUGGCAACGCCGCCGUCACUUCUCACCGUCGUCCUGAUCCUAUUCCUCACCGUGCUAAACCGGUCCGUUUCCUCCUCCUCCUCUCCGUACCUAUCUGGACUCAUCCAAGCCAACGCCCUCGUACUCCCACCGCCCCACGGCGGCGCCGACAACCGCCACGUCAUGUUCCUCCCCCUCUUCCUCUCUCCCCCCACCUCUCCUCCCAACUCCUCCGUCGUAUACAAGUCACGCCGCCAACUCCAAGGCUCCACGUCUCUCCGCCCCAUCGCCCACAUGCGCCUCCACGAUGAUCUCCUCCUCAACGGUUACUAUACGACCAGGCUUUGGAUCGGAACUCCUCCGCAGAAAUUCGCUCUUAUAGUUGAUACGGGGAGUACCGUUACUUACGUUCCAUGCUCUUCUUGUGAGCAGUGUGGUAGGCAUCAGGAUCCAAAGUUCCAACCAGAAUUGUCCAGCAGCUACCAACCCGUGAAGUGCAACAUUGAUUGCAAUUGUGACACUGACAGGGUGCAAUGUGUUUAUGAGAGACAGUAUGCUGAAAUGAGUUCUAGCAGUGGUGUGCUUGGCGAGGACAUCUUGUCGUUUGGAAAUGAAAGUGAACUUACACCCCAGCGUGCUGUUUUUGGUUGUGAAAAUGCGGAAACUGGCGACCUUUACACUCAGAAUGCUGAUGGCAUAAUGGGUUUGGGACGUGGAGAUCUAAGUGUUGUGGAUCAACUUGUUAACAGAGGUGUAAUUAGUAAUUCUUUUUCCUUGUGUUACGGUGGAAUGGAUGUCGGGGGUGGUGCAAUGGUUCUUGGUGGAAUUGCUGCCCCUUCUGACAUGGUGUUCACCCUUUCGGAUCCUGGACGCAGUCCAUAUUAUAAUAUUCGGCUGAAGGAGAUAAAUGUUGCUGGGAAGAAGUUGCCUUUAAAUCCAAGGGUUUUUGAUGGCAAACAUGGAACUGUUCUGGAUAGUGGUACUACAUAUGCUUACCUGCCAGAAGAAGCAUUUGUAGCAUUUAAGUCUGCUAUUAUGGCAGAACUCCAUUCUCUCAAACAGAUUCCCGGUCCUGACCCAAAUUACAAUGAUAUUUGCUUCGUUGGUGCUGGAAGUGAUGUCUCGCAACUGUCUAACACAUUUCCAGUGGUUGACAUGGUAUUUGGCAAUGGACACAAGCUGCCACUGUCUCCUGAGAACUACUUGUUUCGGCACUCAAAGGUUCAUGGUGCCUAUUGCUUGGGGAUCUUCCAGAAUGGAAAGGAUCCAACUACCUUGUUAGGAGGAAUCAUUGUCCGCAAUACUCUUGUGAUGUAUGACCGAGAGCGUAAAAAAGUCGGUUUCUGGAAAACAAAUUGUUCUGAGUUAUGGGAAAGGCUUCAGGCCAUUGCUCCUCCACCUCCUGAUAGAACAAACUCAGAUGGAUCACCUACAAUGGCUCCUGCACAGCCGCCGCAUAUUAGUCCGGGCGAACUUCAAAUUGGACUCAUAACAUUUUACAUGUUGUUGAGUGUCCAGUAUGGAUAUCUUAAGCCUCGCAUUACAGACCUUGCUCACGUUGUUUCCCAGCAGUUAGAUGUCGAUGAUUCACAGAUCAAGUUGUUGGAUUUUACUGCUAAAGGAAAUGAUUCGCUUAUACAAUGGGCCAUCCUGCCAGCAGGAUCUGGCGAGUACUUUACAAAUGCCACCGCAAUGAGUAUUAUUGCACGAUUAUCUGAACAUCGUGUCCGGCUUCCUGAUGACUUUGGGAGUUAUCAAUUGGUUGGAUGGAAUAUUGAGCCUCCACCGAAGCAGACUUGGUGGCACCAGCCUUACAUGGUUGUGGUUGUAGCAAUUGUUAUUACCCUAGUUCUUGGAUUGUCUGCUUCCGGUUUAUGGAUUAUUUGGAAACAAAGAGACCAAACACUUGUUUCAUACAAGCCUGUUGAUAAUCCUGUUGAUUCUGUUAUUGCCGAGCAAGAACUCCAGCCGCUACGAACCGAAGUUGCCAUGGCCUGAUGAAUUGUGCAUAGUAUGGUGAAGCAUUCAACUCUUUGACAAGUCACGAUGACUGAUUUCUGCAAGAGCAGCUUCAAAAUUUUGUCAACGGGAUCCAUACGUGCAAACAAACCUUUUCAUGGCUUUAUUUGAUGUUACAUUAGCUGGGCUACAACUAUAAAAGGGAAAUUGUUCACAUUUUUCUUUUGUGGGGUACAGAACUACUUUGGAAAUUGUAAGACAGGCAUUGAAUCAAAGGUCUCACCAAUAAGUCAAAAUUUGCGAA